CGGGGAACUACAAGUCCCGGCGGGCGUAGCGCCUCAGCGCUUCCGGCUCGCGCGUCCGGUCUGUCUCCCGGCCAGCGGCCGCGGGGGCACGAUGAAGCGGGAGGGUAUCGCUGCCGCUCCCGGGCGGCCGCGGGCGGAGUGAGGGAGAGCCAGACGCCUGCUCCCUCAGACUGAGCAGCAGGCACACAGGCCCCACGGGGGCUGGCGUGCUGGCCGCCGUCCUGGGGGGAGUCCCUGCUGGGGUCCCGGCUGCCUGGACCACGGGAGCCGCUCGCUGGAGCCAGCCGCUGGCCGCUGGGCCUCGGGAGCUUGCAGCAGAGGGAGCAGAUGAAUUGUAAAAUCCAGGAGACGCUGCCCGCGGACCCUAGAUGCCUCUCUAGAGCAUGAGCUCGGGCAAGAGCGCCCGCUACAACCGCUUCUCCGGGGGGCCCGCCAACCUUCCCACUGCCGACGUCACCGCCGGGACCAGAAUGGAAACGACCUUCGGGCCUGCCUUUUCGGCCGUCACCACCAUCACAAAAGCCGAUGGGACCAGCACAUACAAACAGCACCGCAGGACACCGUCUUCUUCUAGCACCCUCGCCUACUCACCGCGGGACGAGGAGGAUAGCAUGCCCCCCAUCAGCACCCCACGCCGCUCCGACUCGGCCAUCUCCGUCCGCUCCCUGCACUCAGAGUCCAGCAUGUCCCUGCGCUCCACGUUCUCGCUGCCCGAGGAGGAGGAGGAGCCGGAGCCCCUGGUGUUUGCUGAGCAGCCGUCGGUGAAGCUGUGCUGCCAGCUGUGCUGCAGUGUGUUCAAGGACCCCGUGAUCACCACGUGCGGGCACACUUUCUGCCGAAGAUGCGCCUUGAAGUCAGAGAAGUGCCCUGUGGACCACGCCAAGCUGACCGUGGUGGUGAACAACAUCGCGGUGGCCGAGCAGAUCGGGGAGCUGUUCAUCCACUGCAGGCACGGCUGCCGGGCAGCGGGGGCCGGGAAGCCUGCCGUCUUUGAGGUGGAUCCCCGAGGGUGCCCCUUCACCAUCAAGCUCAGCGCUCGGAAGGACCACGAGGGCAGCUGUGACUACAGGCCUGUGCGGUGCCCCAACAACCCCAGCUGCCCGCCCCUCCUCAAGAUGAACCUGGAGGCCCACCUCAAGGAGUGUGAGCACAUCAAGUGUCCCCACUCCAAGUACGGGUGCACAUUCAUCGGGAACCAGGACACGUAUGAGACACACCUGGAGACCUGCCGCUUCGAGGGCCUGAAGGAGUUCCUGCAGCAGACGGACGACCGCUUCCACGAGAUGCACGUGGCGCUGGCCCAGAAGGACCAGGAGAUCGCCUUCCUGCGCUCCAUGCUGGGCAAGCUCUCGGAGAAGAUUGACCAGCUGGAGAAGAGCCUGGAGCUCAAGUUCGACGUCCUCGACGAAAACCAGAGCAAGCUCAGCGAGGACCUCAUGGAGUUCCGGAGGGAUGCGUCCAUGUUGAACGAUGAGCUGUCCCACAUCAAUGCGCGGCUGAACACAGGCAUCCUCGGAUCCUAUGACCCACAACAGAUCUUCAAGUGCAAAGGAACCUUUGUGGGCCACCAGGGCCCCGUCUGGUGUCUGUGUGUCUACUCCAUGGGGGACCUGCUCUUCAGUGGCUCCUCUGACAAGACCAUCAAGGUGUGGGAUACGUGUACCACCUACAAGUGCCAGAAGACGCUAGAAGGCCACGACGGCAUUGUGCUGGCGCUCUGUAUCCAGGGGUGUAAGCUCUACAGCGGCUCAGCGGACUGCACCAUCAUCGUGUGGGACAUCCAGAACCUGCAGAAGGUGAACACGAUCCGGGCCCACGACAACCCCGUGUGCACGCUGGUCUCCUCACACAACAUGCUCUUCAGCGGCUCCCUGAAGGCCAUCAAGGUCUGGGAUAUCGUGGGCACUGAACUGAAGCUGAAGAAGGAGCUCACGGGCCUCAACCACUGGGUGCGGGCGCUGGUGGCUGCCCAGAGCUACCUGUACAGUGGCUCCUACCAGACAAUCAAGAUCUGGGACAUCCGGACCCUCGACUGCAUCCACGUCCUGCAGACAUCUGGCGGCAGCGUCUACUCUAUCGCUGUGACGAAUCACCACAUUGUCUGUGGCACCUAUGAGAACCUCAUCCACGUGUGGGACAUUGAGUCCAAGGAGCAGGUGCGGACCCUGACAGGCCACGUUGGCACUGUGUAUGCCCUGGCGGUCAUCUCAACGCCAGACCAGACCAAAGUCUUCAGCGCGUCCUAUGACCGGUCUCUCAGGGUCUGGAGCAUGGACAACAUGAUCUGCACGCAGACCCUGCUGCGUCACCAGGGCAGUGUGACCGCACUGGCCGUGUCCCGGGGCCGGCUCUUCUCGGGAGCUGUGGACAGCACUGUGAAGGUUUGGACUUGCUAACAGAAUCCAGACCAGUCUUGGCUUCCUCUGGGACCUCCCUAGGCUUGUCCCAACCAGGCUGGCCACAUGAGGGGUCUCAAGGGGCGCUCACUGCCUGCCCUGCGGGGACAGACCGACAGGUUCACCUGGCCAGGCAGUGCCCUCCCCACCCUGUGCCCGGCGAGCCUCCCUCUGCUUGGUCCUGUGAUCGUCGCCGCCAAGACAGUGCCCAGCCCCUCCCGCUGGGUGCCAGGUACGAUGCUCGCCCGGCCCACCCUCCAUCCCUGCCCCAGAUGGACUGUGGGCCUUUUUACUCACCUUUUCUACUGUUUUUAGACUGUAUAUAGAUUUGAUUACUUCUUGAUUGAAAUAAAAGCUGCACAGACUGUG